UGUAAAGUAAAACAAAAACAUAAUUUGUUCCUGGUGUGUAGCGACCUCGAGCAAGGAAAGUGUGAAAAUAUGGUGAACUUCAUGUUGUACAUCAGCGCGGACCUCGAGAAUCUCACAAACUUUCAGCCUGCAGGAGGUGUCGAUGAUCCUAACUUCACCUACUACUUCAAGUUGAAAUGUGAAAACUGUGGUGAGGUGACUGAGAAGGAGACAUGUGUCAGUCUGAAUGAGACACUUCCUCUACCAAAAAAGGGUACCACUAAUCUUAUCCAAAAGUGUAAGUUCUGUAAAAGGGAAGGAACAGUGACAAUGAUACCUGGUCGAGGAUCUCCACUCACUAAUGAGUUGAGUGAGGGAGGAAAGCAUGCUGCUUUGAUGGUAUUUGACUGUAGGGGUUUUGAACCUUUGGAUUUUGCAUUCAGUAGUGGCUGGAAAGCUGAAUCUAUUGAAGGAACAAAAUUUGAAGAUAUUGAUCUGUCUGGAGGGGAUUAUGCUGAGUAUGAUGAGAAGGGAGAGUGCCCAGUCAUGAUCUCUAAUGUGGCUGCUAUGUUCAAAGUCGUUGACUUGAGUAAGAAAAAUUUAUAAAUAAUAAUAAUAAUAAUAAUAAUAUUAUUAUUAUAAUCAUUAUGUAGAUUAUUACAUGAUCUGCUGUUUGAGUGGAACUUGUGGUUUUUAUUUUGUAUCGACUGUUGAAACUGGUGGUAUGCAUAAUGGAAGAUCUGUGCAGGGUUGGAUUCAGGGAA